UGUGUGUUUCUCAACCAAAGUCCUCGUUUUGUCUCGCAGCCCUGCUUGCCAUUCAUGUCAGCUCACUAUUGAGUUGAUAAGAUGGAUCAUUUAAUCUCCUCCCUGAUUCAGUCUUUCUUUUCUUCUCCCUCCUGGAUCCUCUCAGGCCUGAAGCCUUCGGCUCUCUGGAAACCUGCCAUGUGACAUUUGGCUGCCAGCAGUGCACCAGAAGGUCAAAGGGGGCCGCGGUGCACAUUUCAUGGAAAUGCAGAGCAACAUCCACCGCCACAGUUGCAGCCACCCUCACGGAUUCUUCAGCGAGUCUGUGGAUGGUGCGUCUGGCUUYGGGGGCUCCCGUCAACCCCCGACCCACCAGCAUGCGGAGGAGCUUCCGCGGAGGUCCAAAUCGCAAAGCCCCAAUAAGUUUACAACGAGCAAAAUGGUUUUCUCCUGGAUGAAAGAGUCGAGGCCCUCCAAUCAGAAUCCCCACAGGGGGGUUGCAGAUUGCGCCGACAAGUCUCCCUSCUCGAGCCAGGCCUCCAAGCGCACGCGCACCGCGUACACGAGCGCGCAACUGGUGGAGCUGGAGAAGGAGUUCCACUUCAGCCGCUACCUGUGCAGGCCGCGGCGGGUGGAGAUGGCCAGCCUCCUCAACCUGAACGAGAGGCAGAUCAAGAUCUGGUUCCAGAACCGGAGGAUGAAGCAGAAGAAGGACCAGAGAGAGCAGGGCCUCACCGCGACGAGCACCAGCUCCUGCUCCCCUCCGUCCUCCCCCUCCGCCGCGGGCAGCCCCACUCUGGCGAGCCUGGGUUACGUCCAUCUGGGUGCUGAUUACCAGCCGCCCUCCCCUCCGCUCAGACAGCCCCAGCAGCAGGCCUACCCGGUAGGAUACUCCAAAUGUACAGCCCCGAGCUUCACGCACGACCCGCACUUUGACACGGCGCAGUACAGCACGCAGGACAGCACCGCAGACUCAAACCAGGGACUGGACGGCCACGGCGGGUCGUACUUCUUGCAGGCCUGCACACCUCAGGACAGAAUCAUGCAAGCGCCCAAACUGACUCAUCUCUAGGAUUUCUGCACGCAACGCUGAUAAUUAUCCACUGGUUUUCGAAAAGAAGUCUUGAUUUAUAAUUAGCAUAUUCGGAUUUAUACUUUAAGCAUGCUUCCUUUAGCUGCGGUCAGUCCAUCUCAAAAAGCUCAAGAUGCACAUAAAUACAACUUGGUAUUUAGGCGAUUAAAAACAGAUCAUGUUAAGGUUCCAACCCAUUAUGCAUGGUCUACAAAUUAGAAGGAGAAACGCGAUGCUGAAUGGCAAAUCCUUUGUUUCCUUUUAGUUAAUUUCUCUUAAGGAGCACCUAAACUCGUGCUUAACUGCAGGGCCCGUUUAGGAGGACUAUUCUGCGAGAUCCCCACAUUAUUUUAACUCCUAAGCAGAG